GCCCCUGGCUUAUGCCACUCGAUUUUGAGCCUACGCGCUCUUAGGGGGUGCCUGGACAGAUUGAAGCCAUGGCCAUUCUUUUUGCAGUCGUCACCAGGGGAACAACUAUCCUUGCCAAACAUGCUUGGUGUGGAGGAAACUUCCUGGAGGUGACAGAGCAGAUUCUGGCUAAGAUACCUUCUGAAAAUAACAAACUAACGUACUCACAUGGCAAUUAUUUGUUUCAUUACAUCUGCCAAGACAGGAUUGUAUAUCUUUGUAUCACUGAUGAUGAUUUUGAACGUUCUCGAGCAUUUAAUUUUCUGAAUGAGCUAAAGAAGAGGUUCCAGACUACAUAUGGUUCAAGAGCACAGAUAGCACUCCCAUAUGCCAUGAAUAGCGAGUUCUCAAGUGUCUUGGCUGCACAGUUGAAGCAUCACUCUGAGAAUAAGGGCAUAGACAAAGUGGUGGAGGCUCAAGCCCAAGUGGAUGAACUGAAAGGAAUCAUGGUCAGAAACAUAGAUCUGGUAGCUCAGUGAGGAGAAAGAUUGGAAUUAUUGAUAGAUAAAACAGAAAAUCUUGUGGAUUCGUCUGUCACCUUCAAAACAAACAGCAGAAAUCUUGCACGAGCCAUGUGUAUGAAGAAUCUCAAACUCACUAUCAUCCUCAUCAUCAUUUCAGUCGUGUUCAUCUAUAUCAUUGUGUCACCUCUCUGUGGUGGAUUUACAUGGCCAAGCUGUGUGAAGAAAAAAAAAAAAAAAAAGUUGUCAUUAACCAAGGAUAUGAGACAACAAGGAGUUAAAAGCAAU